GACUCUGCAGAGGAAGGAUAAUAGCUCACUGUAAGACCCACAUGAGAAUUCCUCGAGGUUUCUGGGACAUCAGAGUUACAGUUCUAUACGUGCGUUCUGUGGCUGUUUCCGAUAGAUUGAUGAUUACAUGAUCACUGUAAUAUUUUGUACGAAGUAUGAUGCCUGUUCCUCUGAAUAAGAUGUUCCUCCAGAAGCUUCUCGGUAAAGUAUAAGUAUGUCUAUGUUUGUUAGACACAGCAAAGGUCCUGAACAAUUUCAAGCCAGCAAGGAAAUUAGUUCUAGAGUACGUGUUGAAUCAUAUUCCUCCCAUCACGAUGUCCCCAAUUCUCCAAUUCCGUGAACAGCGUCGUCUUAGCAGACAGUCCAAUGGCAAUCCCCAAGGGGAAUCUUGCUUGAUAGUGGGCUUGGGUCAAAGAACAAAGAAGAAGGCUGUUCCCUCAUUGUUGAAGCUUUCCAAGGCAGGUCUGGUACGCAUUGCCGGCGCCGUGGAUCCUUUCGUGAAGACCGCACCUAUCGACAAUCUUCCCAUCUACCCCGGAGUGGACGAUUUUCUUCGCAACAAUGCCACGCCGUCAGUGGCCUACGUGGCGAUCCCCCAUCAUGAAUAUUCGAAGGUGCUGCCUCAGUUGUUUCAGGCCGGUAUAAAUGUGUUGAAGGAAAAGCCAGUCGCCUGCAACAGCAGCGAAGCGUUGGAACUUAAGAAGCUUGCCGCAGCACAUGGUGUUAAAGUCAGUGUGCUCUGUCAGCGACGAUUUUCCCGAAGAUACAACGCCUUGGAAGGAUGGCUUCCUCUGCUUGGAAAGAUCAGUUCUGUCCAGGUCGUCGAAUCCAUUGAUGUCGCCGAGCUUGCGGAAGGUUGGCGAGCACACAAGGAACUUGCCGGAGGCGGUGUUGUGAUUGAUAUGGGCUACCAUAUGCUCGAUCAGCUCAUUGGUCUCUUUGGUCGACAGUUUGAAGUCCAGCAUGUCGCGCUGAUGAAAACCCGUCACGGAGACUAUGAUGUGGAUGAUACUGCUCACAUUUCGGUCAAAUUUGGCGAUGCUGUGAACGCGACGAUCGUUAUAUCUCGCUCUGGCGCAAGGAAUGAAGAGAAAGUCUCUGUCAUUGGAGAGGCAGGCAUUUUGACCCUGGAUGGAGACCUCGUCCGUCUUUCCCUGCGUGAUGAAACCGGUAGACUCUCACCACAAGAGGAAUAUACUGUUCAGGAGCCGUCUUCCCUUCUUCUUGAGCGAGGCCUAGUCAGCUUCAUCGAGAAUAACAAUACCGACAACUGGGAUCUGGACAGAGAUAUUGCUGUGAUGCAACUUGUUGACGAGAUUUAUCGGGUGGGAAGUGAUCAAAUCGAGUCCAAGUCGGCACUGAAUCCGCUCGCGAAGGCGUGGUCAUGGCCAAAGGUAACACCAGAUGUCGAGCGCGCCGUUGACAGACAGCUCCACGAUACCCUGAGCAUCUACAAUAAUGGGGGUGUUUUCGGCCGUUUUGAGGAGGCAUUCAGGACUUUCCAUGAUACCCCAGGUCACUAUGCCCUGUUGCACAACUCGGGCACAAAUGCACUACACGCCCUUUAUUAUGCUUCUGGGCUCAGCGCUGGGGACGAGGUCAUCGUUCCUGUCUACACCUUUCAUGCCACCGUUUCGCCACUCAUGCAUUUGGGGGUGAAGCCGGUGUUCGUUGACGCCCACCCUGAAACCGGCAACAUGGACCCAAAUAAGAUUUCCAGCGCAAUCACAUCGAAGACUAAGGCCGUCAUUGUUACCCACAUGUGGGGUGUUCCAUGUGCUAUGGAGGAAAUUGUUGACAUUUGCCGCAAGAAUGGUAUUCUUCUGCUUGAAGACUGUUCGCAUGCCCAUGGUGCAUCAAUCAAUGGGAAGAAAAUUGGAACUUUCGGCGAUGGUGCCGCCUGGUCUAUUCAGGGCGACAAAGUACUCAGCGGCGGCGAGGGAGGAGUUUCCUUGACCCCCCAUCCGGAAGUUUAUUAUCGCCAGCUGAUCCACGGCCAUUACAAUAAGCGAUGCAAGGCGGAGAUCCCCAAAGAUCACCCCCUUCAAGAUUUCGCUGUUACGGGCGCCGGUCUGAAGAACCGGGCGCACCCGCUUGCGAUCUCCAUUGCCAACAACCAAUUGGAGAAACUUCCAAUAAUCCUUGAGCGCAAGUCGCAAUGCGCAGCCCACUUCAUCGACGCACUUGCCCAGAUUCCUUUCUUGAAGGCGCCCGUGCUCGAACCGGGUGCGAAGUCGGCAUGGUACGCUCUGAUCUUCCGGUUCGACGAAGCCCAGGCUCCGGCCGGGUUGACCCGUGAGAUCUAUGUGCGAGAAGUGAUGGCGCGUGGGAUGAAGCACAUCGAUAUCCCCGGUUCAACUAAACCCCUUUACGAUGAGGCCCUGUACCGACGUCCGUGGGAGAUCUUAGGUCAUUUGUAUUCACCAGACGCAUAUGUUGCAGAAUGGAGAGCUGCCGAUUUCCCUGGAGCCGUUGCAUUCCACUCUAAAGUGAUCAAAUUGCCGGUGUGGGCGUAUGAGGAGGAUUGGGAUACGGUGGAAAUGUGCGCUCAAGUGAUGCUUGAUGUUGCCCAAGAUUUCAUGAAAACUCCCUUGAAUUAGCUUCCGGGAACAGAGGCAGAUGGGGGUCGACUGAUAGAAACCAGAGACCGGCUAGUGCGAGCAUAGUUUGUCACAUAUAAACGAUACUAGUAGACGAAUGACUGCUUUUAUACCUGGCUUUUAGCAGUAGCAUUUUUAGGUAGCUAGUGUCUGUUUCAAUGUGGCUAUAUGCCCGAGCUUCCCGGAAGAACCUAUCAAGUUCGUGCACUGCAUCGUCUAGCAUUUGUGGAACAUGGUUCGACACCCUCAGAUGCCGAAGUUGCUAUCGAGCCUGCUCUUUGGUAUAGUCGGGAAACUAAGUAGG